AUGGCGACCCCAUGGCCCAAGGAUCAGACCUGGCCAUCGCCCUAUCGAGAGCACGCCACGGAACUCAGCAGAUACCUACAGACAGCACUGAAAUCUAUCGAUAACGCAAAUGGACAUCCAAUCGAGCCGAAGGGCAUCAGAUCCGCAUUCAUCGGAACCCUUACCCUCCUUGCCAAACUACAGCACAUCCCUGAUAUCAGCCACGUUCACGAAGCAGUUGAAAAUUUGCGAGUGGAGACCAAGGCAGCGAAUGAGAACGCUACCCGUACCACAAGCAGCCUGAGAAUCGCCAUUCAGCAAAACACAGCCGAAAUCACACAGAAUACAAACACCUCGAAGGAUACUAACGCUACCGCUAAGGAGGCGCUGAAAGUUGGCGAACUGACAGCCAAAAUGGUGAGGGACAUCAAAGCACUGGGACCAAUGAAUCAGGGAAGCGCCGCGCAGUCUUAUGCUAGCGUAGCUGCCAGAGGAGGACUCGUAGGAAGCAUACAUAACCCGCAGAACCAAAGACCGAACCAUGUCCAGACCCUCCGCGAAAUCAUUGUAAACAUUAGAGACCCUGUUACAAUCGCCAGCAUAAGAGCUAUGAACCCCCGCUCCCUUAAGGCGCACGUAGACCGCGCUAUCGAACAGAGCAACAAUGAACAUAUCCGUAAACUGAAAACAGUAUCCGCAAACCAGUUGAAGAGCGGAGACCUCAGUAUCAAAACAGCCACAGCCACAGAAAGGGAAGCCCUACGCCAGUUCGCCGAGGACUGGGAACACCGUAUUGGCACAGGGGCCGCGGUACGGAUACCGACAUACGGGAUCCUCGCCCACGGCAUACGCACAAGCACAAUGGACAUGGAGCGCUUCACGGAACUACGAGAGGAACUAUUACAGGACAACAAGGCGUUUAUCCCUACAGCAGAGAUUAAAUACAUUGGAUGGCUGACGAGAUCCGCCAACACCUAG